GUAUAAUAUCUCUAAGGUUAACUCUUCCCAAUUUUUCUGUUCCUUGAUCUUAACUGUGAAUCGAUUUAGAUCAUUAUUAAUCAUCAAGAAUGACAGCCGGUGGUGAAUUCUCCGGUGAACCGGAAACAACCUUUCAAUUUCCCGGAAUUCAUCAACCCCUGAAUUUCCAGCCUUUUUACAGUUUCAGCAUCAGCCCCUCCUCCAUUACCGAUGAUUCCUCUAUGAACGUCUAUACUAAUCAACCAGAAACCCAUACAGCCCCGUCUCCCGAUGAAUGGGACCAGCCCGAUUCCGGCGGCUGGAACGAUUGGGACCAAGAAUUCGAUUCUUCUUUGCCAAACAGUACACUUGGCCGGUUUAAUAUUUCCCUUGAAGAAGGAACCGUCUCGGUGGACGUUGACGGAGGAGAAUCGUUCAACGAUGACGGGUUUUUCCGGUUUCAGGAGCUGGUUUCGGUGAUGGAAGGAUUGGUUCCGGAGGAUAGACAAAGGGAUUCAAAAACCGUUAUGGAAUUCUUGAAAUCAAGAAGAUACGAGAAGAGGGUUCCUGAAGAUGAUGAAGAUUGGUGUGAAGAAAUUUGUGCAAUUUGUCACGGGGAGUUUGAGGAUGAAGAGAUUGUGGCGACUCUGCAAAAUUGUAAACAUGAGUUUCAUGGCGAUUGCAUUACCCAGUGGUUGAUCCGGAAGAAUGCUUGUCCCCUUUGCAAUCAAGAUGGACUCAAACUUCCAUAA